CCUCCACCAUCCCCUCUCUCGACCCCACGCGAAACAAUUGCUCCACGUGAGCCGUGGCGGCGCGCAAGCAUCUCGUAAACACCCUCUGGCGCCCCUCCACACGCGCUCCGCACCACACCACCUCCCACAGCCGCUGGACUUGUGCGACACGGGCGUGAAGCCUGGUCCUUGGCAGCAUCCUUCGACCGCGCAACGAUCGUCACGGAAGGCUGAGCGGCGCCGCACCCACUGCUUGCCCGCUUCGACAUCAGCUUCAGCAUGCGAUGACCGCGAGACGGCCCAAAUGUCUGGGAAUGGCCCCUCCUCCACCUGGGGCGGCGACAAUGAUAGCCUGCGCAGCACCACUUCCUCCCCUCCUCUCAUGAGCGCCACCUCUGGCCCCAUCAGCGCACACGAAUACUUCUACCCUACUGGAGAUACUCCUCUCGCCUCCCCGACUGCCGCUUCCUCCCAGUCAACGUCGCAGCUGCCCACGUCUGACGCCCAUUCGCAUCUACCCUCCACGACCCCUCAAUAUCCUCUGCCCUUGUCCAACGCGAAGUCCACCCCCGUCCUCGUUCCUUCUGGAUCUGUCAAAAAUAUUGCAAGCCAGUUCGAUCAAGCAGGACACUUUGUACGCGGGGGACCAUAUGCACCUCUCACGCUGCGCUCCGUUCCAGAUAAAUACCGUCGUCCGGGGGUGAGCAAGAACUCUGCGCACGUUUCUCCGCGCUCCCCCACCAAGUCGCCGACGAAAGAUGGCCCUCGAAAACUACAAAAGUCAAGAGUUGGACACCCAAGAUCGCCGGUGAAAAGCCCCCUGACCUCCUUUGAAACGUUGAGCUCUUUUGGAUCCACCACUUCGUUCACAACCGCGAACGACGCGCCCCGAAUGGUCUCCAGCCCAAAGAAAACGCAAGACACUCCCGAAUCCGCAGGCUAUCUGACAUCUGCACCGCUGUUUGGAGAGAUCACAUCCGAUGGAAGGUGGAACGGCAACUUCGAUAUCGGCAGCUACGGCUACUUGCCUGCAUUCACUGAAUCUCAUCGCAGGUCGAGUGAAGGAACCACAGCGUUUGGCCGUGGGCGGAGUCAGUCACAUCAGGACAUUCUGCAACCGGCACCAGCGACUGCCUUGCCCGCUCCAGGACAUCAUAAUUUGACGCACAAGCGAAGUCGGAGUGAGAUGGAUGCUCUGCCGGACAACCGACAGCAACGUGUGCUGGGCUCCUAUCCAACACCCCCCAGUUCUGGCACAAGAUAUGCCACUUCAUCUUCUUCCCGCAUCCCUAUUAGCAGCCGUCGCGUGUCUCGCGAUCCACCGGCCUUCUCUGGCACCCACUCAAGAUCCGUUCCAGCCUUGCCAAACUCCUCUCCCACCCGCAGACGACUUUCAAAAUCGCCCACGCGCAAGCUGCCAACGACGGGAAAGGAGAACAAUCUCACAUCCGAUCUCCCCAGACCCCACUACCAAGCUCCAUCUCUACCCACAGCCGCCAGUGGACAAUCUUUGUCCGCAAAGAUAGUGGCGCCGUUGCCGAAAUUGUCUCCUCCUCUGCGUUCAUCCCGACCUCGGCAACCAGUGAGCCAAGCAUCCACCUCUGCAAGCAGGGCAAGAGCGGGCGAGUACUUUCCCGGCCCAGCUGUCAUGCGAGAUUCUCGGACACCAAGUGAGCAGUGGCUGGGCAAGCCUUACGAUGCGCAUCAAGAACGAUCAAGACGUAAAAUCCCGGAGCUCGAAAAGAUCAAUUUCGAGGAGCGGAGGGCCAGGAUUCAGAAAGCCAUCUCCCAAAACCUGGAAGGAAGCAGGUCGCUCGAGAGUCUCCGGGCGAAAAGCCGGUCGCGGCAAGCUUCGAAAGAUCAAGCAGAGACUGGUGCGCAAAGUGGGGCGCAAGACGAUGGGCCAGAGCUGAACAAGACUGAAUCGGUGCCGGGUGGUUGGCCGACGCCCGGCGGAUUGACUGUUGAUACUCUCUCCGCCGCCCUGCGACCUGUCCACGAGCCCGAACCUAUGACUGCCUCCACCGAGCGCACGACUGGCACCGAGUUCGAAGUCGAAGACAGCCCGGUGCUUGGCAUACCGGUGGACACAGAUCAGCACACCUUGCUUACAUCUGCCGUCUAUCAGCCUCCGUCGGCUAAGCCCACAGACCUGAAUACUACCUUGUCGCCCCCUGACGACCACGCAGACUCCUUGCCCAGUCCAAGCGUCUUGGACAAUGUCUUGCGCAUGCGCGAGCGCAGCACGUCGAGGACAAGCCAAUCGGAUGGCGAUGGCGGAGAUGCAGAUCAUAGCGCGCCGCCUUCUAGUGAGGACAACCCUUCCGACCUGGAGGACAGAUGGGGCCUUGGCCAGGGUCUACAAAGUGUCGCAGGGUCUAUUAAGAUUAUGCUCGACGAGCCGUGGGCGUUCCACAACCAGGACCGGGCCCGCGAAAUACCCUCCCACUCCCCGGAUGUGCAAGAGUAUGAGCGAACAGCAUUCGCGCAUCAGCAAGACGGUGCUUCUCCUAUUGACGAUCAAGACCACGGAGAUGUGGAAGACGAUCAGUAUGAAACUCCACGAAAACCUCGACCGCGCCGGGACACCAUGCGAGCGUCGGACUUGCAGUCUGCAGCACACAAUGUGGACGAGCCCGACGGCUCAGAAGGCGACAUUGCGCGACUGCUGCGCCAUUACAAGUCUACAGGCACCAUCACGGCCGAGAUGGUCGAGCAUGUCCAGAAGCAUAUGGUCGACCUACAGCGUGUAUCCGCCAAUGAAGGCUCAAAUGGAUUCAUGAUUCAAAACCUUCUCGACAGCGUUUUGAAUAGCCAGCAAGAGCAUCAACCCGGGCGAGAGAUGCAGGAAGUCCACACCCCGCAACCAAGUCCCUUCGACAUUCCUGCGGUCACGCCUGAUACUCCUGUCGGGUGGGAGUUCUUCCAGGAUAGCGGCACGGCUUUAGUCUAUACCAGUUCAAGCCACGAUGAAGGCGACGCCGAAACCGGCGACGAGACGGGCGACGAGUUCCAUGUGAAGGUUCGAAAGGCAGAUGCGGCAUGGGAGCGCAGGCAGCGGAGCCAGUACCUUCAGUUGAACGGCGCAGACAGCCCAGAGAGGCCCGAGCCACCCCCGAAAGACAUCGGGUAUACGCCGAGAUCGAGCGUUGGAGCGGACAGCGAGACCCUCCCGCACGACUUCGCCAGAGGCUUGCGGAUAUCGACCACCGGCAACCUUGACCUCGCUGGCCUCGGCUUGAUGGAAGAUCAUGCGCAGCCAUCACAGCCCCCUCUAUCCUCGUCAGUGCCUCCUAAGCCUGCAUUCGCGCCGCCACCACUUCCCCCGCAGGCUUCUGCCUCAGCCUCACAUCUGCCGUUUGCGCUUCCGGAAGUCCCGCCGAUCCCAGCUGCGUACUCCGAGCGUGCUUCUAGCGAGAUGUCGCCUGCUGUUAGGAAGGCUGUCUGGGGACAGUCGGGAUCCUCGCGACCCUCGGUCGACAGCCAGCGUGCUACCGGUGCCCCUGUCCUGCCCGGCUCCGACUCUGUCACUUCAUUUGCCGAGUCGAUGCGACAAAGCUCCAUGGACACGAACGGUGACAGCCAAACGACACUGGCUCGGACUACGUCGCAAUCUCCAGACCAGAAGCGGCUACGCAAGCGGCGACAUGUCAUUCGAGAGCUGCUUGACACGGAGAACACGUAUCACCAGGAUCUCAAGAUCAUCGAGGAUAUCUACAGAGCCACUGCCGUCCCGGACGUGCUUUCAGCUGAAGACAAAAAGACCUUGUUUAGCAAUUGUGAUGACGUCGAGCGCUUCUCUCUGCACUUCUACGACGAGCUUCGCAAGGCGGCAGCGCCUGUAUAUGUACCUCUGAAAAAGGGCUGGGCCAAUAAGCACGGGACUUCGCCAACCACGCAAAACGAUGGUCGCGGACACGCUUCUGAUGGGAUUGACAACGACAAAGAUCGGGCGUCCACGAUUGGCCAAGCUUUCCUGCGCAAUCUGGCGGACAUGGAGCAAGUCUACAGCGUCUACUUGAAGAACCACGAUGCAGCAAAUCGACGUCUCGCGGCACUGCGAAACGCUCCAGCUGUGAAAUGUUGGCUCGACGAGUGCCAUAACAAUGCAAGCGAUAUCACGAGUGCUUGGGAUUUGGAUUCAUUGCUGGUCAAGCCAACCCAGCGAGCCGCGAAAUAUCCCAUGCUCUUGCAGCUGCUGCUUGAUACAACGCCGCCCGGUCACCCAGAUCGAGAGGCACUCAAGACUGCUGCACAAGAUUCUAUCAGCAUGUUGACUCGCAUCAACGACGCCAAAAAGCGAGCGGAUCUCGUCGACCAGAUCGUCAAUCGGAAGCGCAAGGAAUCCGACGUGCGAAGCGGCAUUGCAAAAGCCUUUGGCCGACGGACGGAGAAGCUCAAGGAGCGCGUGGGCAUCGCCGAAGCCUAUCAAGACACGGAAUUCGAUGAGCUUGCCCACAAGUUUGGCGGCCAUUUCAUCCGACUGCAAAUUUGCAUGCGCGACGUGCAGGACUACAUGAAUCGCAUCCAAAAGGCUGUCGAUCAGAUGAACAACUACGCCCACGCCCUCGACUUCUUCGCCGAUGUUGCCAUCAGUCCCGUUCCAGAGCUUGACAGCAAAUGGCGCAAGUAUGGCCAGACUAUUCGAGAGCUCACGUCAGUCGCCUUCUCCGAGCACAAGGCCGCCGUCAACAAGCGCGUCAUUGGACCCAUGGUCAUGUGUAUCAAGCUCCACGAAGGACCACAGAAUGCGAUUAACAAUCGUAAGAAGCGCAUUGUGGAUUACGCCAAAUGCAAAGCCAUCGAGAAGCGGGGCGAGAAGCCGGAUAAGAAGGCAAUCGAGGCGUCAGACAUGUAUGAGGCGCUAAACGACCAACUGAAGAUCGAACUGCCCAAGCUGUACAGUUUGACCGCCAGUCUCGUCCAAGGCUGUCUCAACUGCUUCCUCGACGUCCAGGUCACUUGGUACAACGCGUGGGAGAGGAAGUUGCGACCCAUCCUCGAGGCUGCAGACAUCCCAAGUAGCAUCUCGCAGAUCGAGCUAUGCUUCCGCCCGGAUUACGACAUGGUCAAGGGACGCCUCCUAUCUCUUGGCAUCUGCAACGGAGCGUUGCUGGCAGAGUCGGCAAACUUCCUGUCUCCAGCGUCAACGGUAGAUGAUGGAUCGUCCUGGAAGCGACCAUCUACCAUGGGCAGUGGGAACCGCACCGUGUCUAGUGGGGGUGACGCUUCCCCUAUCCCGAGCUCGUCGGCAAGCCACAAGCGGCAAAGCAGUGGAUAUGUGCCUGGCCUGGACACUCUUGGCUAUCCGUACGAUGAUGGCCGCGCAAGAUCGAACUCCGCUCUUUCCAAUGGUCGGCCCUCCCUGCAAACCGUGGAUUCGGGCAUGUCUGCCAAGGGACUUUGGUCUCACGGCGGCGGUGAUGUAGCUUCGCAAUCCAGCAGACCCUCCACAGCCAACCUACCUUCAACACAGGUAGCGCCAUUCUUUCCUGCACGUGUCAGUGCCGAUCAGCCACGCAGUCCACGCAGUCCAAGACCGUUCUCCGGCGCCACAUACUUCACUGCUCGACCAGAACAACCGGAAGACCAUCGCUUCUCCAACAUCUUCUCGUCCGCCCUCCCCCAAGACAUUCCCGACUCCGCGCGACUCAGCUCUCCGAAACCUGCGCCAGAUGACACUCCCGUGCUCUUCGUCUGUGCGAGUCUGUUCGAGUUCAGCAUCGACAAGACUCGCAGGGAAGCUGGGUACCCCUAUCUGACCUACGUCCAGGGCGAAGUCUUUGACGUUGUUGCGCAAAAGGGUGAGCUCUGGCUGGCGAAGAACCAGGACGAUGCCAGCAAUACCGUCGGCUGGAUCUGGGAACAGCACUUUGUCAUUUUGUCCUCCGACAGGGAUUAGUCGCCCUGUGCACCGCCGAGAGAGGAGAAUAUGAUACGCCGGCAUUUUUCCUUUCGUCGGAACAAGUCGGCCGUGAGCCUUCCGUCGACCAAACAACCAUUGCGCGCUUUUGCGCCACAUUCAUCUUCGUUCUACCCCCUGGUCCAGCGCUUUUUCUCUCGCGUGUCGAAAUAGCGAUGGUGUUCUGGGGUUUGAAUUUCUCCAGGGCUUUCUCGCCUGAGUGAGGGCAUUGGAGUGUCCAGGUAUACUAGCGACCGAGAAACGGGCUAUAAAGUUUUGGUGUCUGGAACAUCGGGCUUUGAUCCGAUUUGGUUUUGCUUGCGGGCGGAAGAACGACGGUGAAAUGGCAUACAGUAUCCGUAGUGAGUGGGACGCUCCUUACACAUGCCGCGGGCCGUUGCUGUAAUGUAUAGAAGAGUCGUCGUCGUAAGAAAUCAGUAUGAGACAUAUGUGACAGU